CAGGAGAGCCUCUACUUCAUUGCCUCAUCCUAUGGAGGAAUCACCACUGCCCAUCUACAUUGAGGAGGGGACAGAAGUCCCGAUUGCCAAAAAGGAGUUGAUUGCUCUUGGCAUCAGGCAAAUCUGGACCCAGAAGACCACAGAAAGCAGAAAUAUGGCAACAAAGGAAAAGCUUCAGUGCUUGAAAGAUUUCCACAAGGACAUCCUCAAACCUUCCCCCGGCAAGAGCCCGGGGACACGGCCUGAGGAUGAGGCAGAAGGAAAGCCGCCCCAGCGGGAGAAGUGGGCGAGCAAGAUUGACUUUCUGCUGUCCGUGGCUGGUGGAUUUAUUGGUUUAGGCAAUGUCUGGCGGUUUCCGUAUCUCUGCUACAAAAAUGGCGGAGGUGCAUUUCUUAUACCUUAUUUCAUUUUCCUGUUUGGGGGAGGUCUUCCCGUGUUUUUCCUGGAGGUGGUGCUAGGACAGUAUACCUCUGAAGGUGGAAUUACAUGCUGGGAAAAGAUCUGCCCUAUUUUCACUGGAAUUGGUUAUGCUUCCAUAGUGAUUGUGUCCCUUCUGAAUGUGUACUACAUCGUGAUCCUGGCCUGGGGACUCUACUACCUGUUCCAGUCAUUCCAGAGCGUCCUGCCGUGGGCACACUGCCACCAGAAGUGGAACACGCCGACCUGCGUGGAAGACACUCUCAGGAAGAACAAAACACUCUGGAUAUCACUGAAUGCCACUAACUUCACCUCUCCUGUCACGGAGUUCUGGGAGCGCAAUGUGCUGAGCUUGUCCUCAGGAAUUGAAGAUAUUGGUAUUAUCAAGUGGGAUCUAGCACUGUGUCUUCUCCUCGUCUGGGUGAUAUGUUUCUUCUGCAUUUGGAAAGGAGUUAAAUCCACUGGGAAAGUAGUGUACAUCACUGCCACGUUCCCAUUCAUCAUGCUCCUUGUUCUGCUCAUUCGUGGUGUGACCCUGCCUGGAGCUGCAGAAGGCAUCAAGUUUUAUCUUUAUCCUGAUAUCUCACGGUUAGCUGACCCACAGGUCUGGAUAGAUGCAGGGACACAAAUCUUCUUCUCAUAUGCAAUCUGCUUAGGAGCAAUGACUUCCCUGGGGAGCUACAACAAGUACAAAUACAACUGCUAUAGGGACUGUUUGCUGCUGGGAUGCCUGAACAGUGGUACCAGUUUUGUGUCUGGCUUCGCAAUUUUUUCCGUCCUGGGCUUCAUGGCACAAGAGCAAGGGGUGAACAUUGCUGAUGUGGCAGAGUCAGGUCCAGGCCUGGCCUUCAUUGCCUACCCAAAAGCUGUGUCCAUGAUGCCACUGCCCACCUUUUGGGCAAUCCUUUUUUUUAUUAUGCUUCUGUUGCUUGGACUGGAUAGCCAGUUUGUUGAAGUUGAAGGACAGAUCACGUCAUUAGUUGAUCUGCACCCAUCCUUCCUAAGGAAGGGUUACCGACGGGAAAUCUUCAUCGCUAUAGUAUGUUUCCUUAGCUAUCUUCUGGGACUAACUAUGGUGACUGAGGGUGGCAUGUAUGUUUUUCAACUCUUUGACUACUAUGCAGCUAGUGGUGUAUGCCUUUUGUGGGUUGCAUUCUUUGAAUGUAUUGCUGUAGCCUGGGUUUAUGGCGCUGAUAAUAUUUAUGAUGCCAUUGAGGACAUGAUUGGAUACAGACCUGGUCCCUGGAUGAAAUGGAGCUGGAUUGUGAUCACACCAGUUCUUUGCGUGGGGUGCUUUAUCUUUUCUUUGGCCAAGUACAAACCACUGACCUACAACAAGGUCUACACAUACCCAGACUGGGCAAUUGGCCUGGGCUGGGUUCUUGCCCUUUCCUCCAUGAUCUGCAUCCCUAUGGUGAUGGUCAUCCGCAUCAUACAGUCAGAUGGGUCACUUAUUGAGAGGAUAAAAGCGGUGGCUGCCCCCAAGGAAGUGAAUCGGUGGUCCAAAGAAACGGAGAGUGGCACCCCCUUCUGCCCCAAUGGAACUUCGAAUGGCGGAUUGAUCAAGCCAACUCAUAUCAUUGUGGAAACCAUGAUGUGAGCUCUCUCUGUGAGAGGAUAAACCUGCUUUAACUGCCGUUUACUAACCAUAGAUUCUCAUAGGACCAGGUUUACAGAGCUUUAUAUUUGCACUAGGAUUUAUUUUUAUUUCUCACAGAGAAAGUUAUUUUUUGUGUGUGUUUUUUUUUUAAUAUUUUGUAAGGUAAUCACAGCAGAUGCCUCUCUGUAGAGGGAGAGCUUUCAUAUCAGACUAGACAUAUUACAGGAAUUUACUAUUAUUGGGUUUUUUUAAAUAUAUAUAUCUUUAUCUCUAAAUAUUAUACACCUUACCACUUGAAUUGAUUGUCUUGCCAGCAAUACAUUCAAGUGUCAGAAAGCAAUUUUUAGGUGCUGGUAUGGUUGGGAGCAGGGUAACCUACAGAACACACAAAAGGAGCUCUGUUGAGAGAUAAGAUUUUAAAAAAGAUGCUGUUUCAAGAGAAUUUUCAAAGGUGUAGUAUUUCCACCCUCUGGUUCAAUUGUGGUAAGUGACAGGCUUCAGGGUCACAUUAGGGAAAGGGUACAGGUAUGUUUAGCACAGUCCCUGAAUAAAGCUACAGGCGGGCAGCUGGAGCAGGGAGUUUGCAAGGGAGGCGGAGAAGCUGGGUGUGAAAAGCCUUGCAGCCGUUCCUGCCAAGCACGGCGCUGGAACCCUGUCACACAGAUGAGAGGAGGACUUCAGGAAGGCGUUUUUGCAGGAUUUGGCAUGGUUCACUGGUUGGUUUUUUUUCUUUUUUGAGGUUUUGAGGGUUGUUUUUUUUUUUUAACUGAAGUGAAAUGCCUGCUGUUUGUGCGUGAGCGGAGAGGUGGAGUACCUGAUCCUGAGUUUUCUAGCAAAGCAUAUUUUAGCAUGGUGGCACUGGUGUAAACUUGAAUUCUGCAAACUGGGAGGGGCAGCCUAUCCCUGAGGCAGCAGGGGUGAGUGCUGAGGAGCUGGGAGGGGAAAAGCUGCACCUGCCCUCUGGGUGCUUCUGGUGUUCGCUUGCUCGUUCGUUUGCUUGUUAAUCUUUGGACUUUGGUUUCGGGCAGAAAAAUAAAAGAAUCCCUUCUGGACUCUGACUGUCCAAAGGUGAACACAAACCAGGUCAUCCCUGACAGGAGGAAGGAAACUGCCCACCUACACCUGGUGUAACUAGUAUUUAUAACAGACACAUUGUUAAUAAUAAUAGUAAUGAAGAUAAUAAUACCACUCAGCAGACAGGUGCUUUUCAUCCACGUAUCUCAAAAAUGCUUUGCCAAGUUCAGUAACCAGGAUUUGCUUUUAUUUAUUUAUUUGUGGGGGUGGGGGGUUCGUUACUGUUGGGGGAACAGACAAAAGGACUGAGUCCCGUGUCCCGUGUACUAAAGAGCAGCAGUGGACCUAGAGCCCCCAGUCUCCUUGUCCAUCAUUGGGUUAAACCAUCAUUUUAUUCCUUUUUUGAGGGGGAGUGGAGGGUGGCAGACUUAAGAGACUUAUGAAUCCCAUCUGCUGAAGAAACAGGGCUUUGGGGAUUUUUAAGUUAAAGCAAAGGGAACAUGUAACACUGAAAUAUUUUUUAUUUGCUCAGAAGGAAUUACAUACUGUUCAGGUUAGACUAGGGAGUGAAGAGAAACCACUACAAGGAGGGUAGGAAAGGGGGUUCCGCUUCGCGCGGGCCAGGUGGAUGUUUCCGUGGGGAAUUGCCCCUGAAGACUGUCCAAAACAUGGGCUAAAGCCUUUUUUUUUU